AUGACUUUCUGGGUUAGAAUCUCGGGGAUUCCUACACACUUCUGGAUGGAAGAAAACUUCCGUGUCAUUGGAAAUCGUCUGGCUGAUGUAAGAGUUGUUGAUGUGCGAGCUGCAAGGAUCCAAAUCUCCUUGAAUGCAGAUAAACCUUUGAGAUUCACAGCAAGGGCAAGGCUACAAUCCGGCGCAGUGAUUCGGGUAGAGAUGAAGUAUGAGAAGCUCGAUCGUUGGUGUCUCACCUGCAGACACAUCUCUCACGACGAGAGAACUUGCCCCCUGCUCACUGAAGAUCAAAGACGAGAGAAGAUGAGGGAAAGAGAGGCUGAGAGGAACUUAGCUCAAGCAUCGAGAGAAGACUUGAUACGCGACAAAGAUGUUAUGCAAAUGAGAAGACAAGCAGGCCAGAUAUCUCUACCCCUUCGUGACAGAAACACCCUCCCUUUGCAGAAAGAAACCCGCAAAAUCUCGACAAAGGCCAAAGAGGGAAGCUCUAACCCACUGAAGGAUAAGAAAGGGAACCAAAUACCCAAGGAAAGGCGCCCUUUUAACAGAAGACCUCAUAGCGUAUGGAACAGAAUUGAAACAAACUCUGGUUACCGUUCUGAAUCAAGACGGUACGAAAGAAGACAUGAACCCAUAGAUGAAAUUCAUCCCAAUAUCAGAGAAGUCUCAAGAGAUAAUGAACCUGGAUAUCGAAAGAGACGAUAUGAAGAAUCUUUUGCAACAAGCAAGAAACAUAUGGGAAAGAACAAGCAGAAAGAGAUACUUGGAAAAGACCAUUCCUCCGCUAAACCUCCAUUGGCGAGAUUCCCAAAAAUGCCGGCUAAGUCUUCUGACUCUCAGAGAACUAUCUCUGAUCCUCCAGCCAAAGCUAAACAGGGAUUUUCUUCUCCGGGGCACACGCGUAGUCGACCAUUCCACCUCUCCCUUACCAGCAAGGCAACAAAUCUGGGGAUAGGGAAGAUUGUUGAAACCGGUGAAUCUUCAGAAGCAGGCAACUCAGCGAAAAAAGCUCUCACUUUUGAACCUGCAAUCCCAAUUGAAUCAAACUCUUUUGUAGGCCAGCCUAAGCUUAGCAAUGCGAUGACUCUACCCCCAUUGGAACCAUGUAUCAACGAAAAUUGGUAUGAACAGACUCUUGAAAAAGAUAUAGAAGCUAUGAUUCUUACCACAUCAAAGCACGGCGACGAACAGCUCGAGUUUCUGAUGGAAGUGGUUAUGGACACAGGCGGAGACUUAAGGACCAAUCAUAAUGCCUUGAAGAACGAGCCCAUGGAUGAUGAGCUUAUGGAGGAUCCAGCUUUGCUCAUCAACCAUGAAACAAUUGAAGGCUUUGAUGAGGAAGAUGAAUGGAUGAAUGAUGAUGAUCUCUUUGAUGAAGGGGAACUGGACGAACUCCUAAAAGAUGCAGACAGCCCUGAGAACGACCAAAAAGGAGAAGACCAGGAGAUAAUCGAUGAGCUCGCGAUAACAGAGGCGAAUCCGCCGAAUUUCCAGGUUGCUUCCUGGUACAGAAGCCCCGAAAAGACCGAGUUCGGGAUGAAACCGGCGGCGGUAGCGGACAGAGCACCAGGGUGA